ACUUUGUUUUCCAUGCAUCUAUCGCACUACAUUUCAUCACAUAUCUUAUGAGAUCCAAUCCAACGGUUAACGCGCGUCAGAAUGAUGCAUUUGAAUCACACAGUAACAAUCCACCAGACAGGCCUUGCCUCCCCUACAAUACAAGGAUCUGAAGUUAGAGGUUCUGUAGUCCUCCGAACACCGAAGACCAGUAAACGCAUACACAGAGAAAGAGAGAAAGAGAGAGAGAGAGAGAUGGAAGAAAAUAGGAGAGUGGGCGUGGCGUUGGAUUUCUCGCCGUGCAGCAAGAAAGCUCUAAAAUGGGCUGUUGAUAACCUUGUCCGCGAAGGGGAUUACCUUAUCCUAAUUACCAUACGCCCCGAAGGGAACUAUGAAGACGGAGAGGUGCAACUCUGGGCAGUCGACGGUUCCCCUUUAAUCCCUCUUCAUGAGUUUUCUGAUCCUGCAAUAAUGAAGAAGUACGGAGUGAAGGCUGAUCCAGAAACUCUGGAUAUUGCAAACACUGCGGCCAACCAGAAACAGCUGAUUGUGGUUAUGAAGAUCUUCUGGGGCGAUCCUCGUGAGAAGAUAUGUGAAGCUAUCGAGAAGGUCUCUUUGAGUUGCCUUGUUAUGGGAAACAGAGGGCUUGGCAAGAUUAAGAGGGCUAUACUGGGCAGUGUAAGCAACUAUGUGGUGAAUAAUGGAACCUGCCCUGUUACAGUUGUGAAGCAGACAGAGCAUGAAAGUUAGAUUUCUUUUGCUAAACAGAAUCCUAUGUAUUCUAUCAAAUAAUUGUAUUGCUUGCAACUCUCUGUCAAGCUGGAAACAUUUCUUACUUGGUAUGGAUGUUAAUGGAGUUUGUAUAAGUGAGAAGUUACUGUGUAAUCCAAUGAGAUUACUCGUUCUCCUUGUAGUCGUUCUUGCAACUUCUAAAAUUGCUAAUGUACUUGAACUUGAGAGCUUGAGACAUCGCUGUCCUGAAUACAUCUGUGGAAUUGUGAUAA